AACCUUGCGUUGCCGGUUUGUUGCUCCAGUCUUUUGGUUCGGUCUUUGAUUUCGUUGGGUGUGUGUUGGGUGUGUGUGGGGGUCUUUUGGUUCGUGAUUCCAAGUGGGUAAUGGUUUUGUGCUGUCGGAGGAGCUCUCGAUCGGAUCGAUGAUGCUCUCCGAAGCGAGAACAAAGCGUGAAAGAGAAGAGGUGGUCUUGAUGGAGGCUUUGCGGUUUGUCCGAGCUCCUGGCCUCCGGUGGUGUAUCUCCGGCGACUUCUCGAGAUGGUGAAGGUCAGGUUGAUGCUGACGUGACGCGUGCCGCACUGAGGGGCGUUAUCCUUACACGUGCCGAGCGUCCCUGACCCGUGGGCCGGUUGAAGUCGUUCGGGUUGGUUGUUGGGCCGUAGGGCCGUUUGAGUGUGUGUUUCCCCCAUUUGUUUUGGGUUUUGUUGGCUUUUGGUUGGGCCUCGGACUAUGUAAUUUGGGCUUAAACCCUUUUCAGUUUUUAUUAUAAUAAACUUGACGGGAAAAAAGUGAUACAAAUCGAUCAGGAACCGACGUGUUAUAUCAGUUUUACGGACCUAGAGUGUCAUACAAAUUCCCAAUAGUAUUUUUAGGGGGCUAAUUGAUAAAACGGAAGUUAUACGUGGGUCACAUUGUAAUUUGCUACUCUUGUUUAAUUCGUUGUGCGGAGACGGAAGAGGAGGCUGCAAAUCGGAUUUGGAGAAACCCUAGAAACCGGCGAGAGAGGUGAAAUCUUUGGAGUCGAGACGAUGAAGAGCGACUGGUUUAACUUGCAUCAGAUUGCGAGAAACUCAUUCAUAGCUACAUCAACCGUGUACGCUUCCACCGAAUUGAACUUUGAUCGAAGAAGCUUCUGCUUUUUUGCACCAGACAGAUCUGGCUUUGUCGUGUUGAAAUCGGAGAAGGAGUUCAACAAUGCCCUCAGCAAAGCUCGAGAUGGAUCUUUGCCUUCGGUCUUCUACUUCACUGCUGCGUGGUGUGGACCUUGCAGGCUUAUCGCUCCUGUAAUGUUGGAGCUCGGUAAGAAAUAUCCUCAUGUUACUACAUACAAGGUCGACAUUGAUGAGGGCGGUCUUUCAAAUGCUCUUGGGAAGUUAAACGUCUCUGCUGUGCCAACAAUGCAAUUCUUCAAAGGGGGCGUCAAGAAAGCAGAGCUUGUAGGUGCAGAUGUAAUUAAGCUCAGGAGUAUCAUGGAACAUCUGUACAAGUGAGAGAGAGAGACUGUCACCUUGUGUUACAUUUUUUUUUGCUGCGCUGCGUCAAAGUAAUGCACCAAGUGAUUACGAACAAGGAAACAAAAAAAAUCUUUGUUGAGAUCGUUAUGGAGAUACUCUCUGUCUCACGGCAUUUAUUUAUCAAUGUACAUAAUUUUGUGAUUUUAUCAAAUAAAUUUCAUUGCUUUGAGCUAUUA